CUACUGUCAAUCAGUAGGCCUCGGUGGGCGGGGCUGCUUGUGAGGCAGGCGAGAGCGGCCUUAGCAACGGUUUCUGAACUGUGAAGACAGCCGUUGGGCUGCGCUGCCGGCGGCUGAGAUCGGGAGGUCCCGGCUGAGGGCACCGGUUGGUGACAUGGCAUCCACAAGUUCAGACCAAUGGAAGAAAAGGGCAGCAAAACUUGAAUUGAAUGAAACCCAAAAGCAAGAAAUUAAAGAGGCCUUUGAUUUAUUUGAUGUUGAUGGGUCUGGAACCAUAGAUGUGAAAGAAUUGAAGAUUGCAAUGCAAGCAUUAGGAUUUGAACCAAAGAAAGAAGAAAUUAAAAAAAUGAUAGCUGAAAUGGACAAAGAAGGAAAUGGCACCAUUAGUUUCGAAGAUUUUUUUGCCAUAAUGAGUGUAAAAAUGAGUGAGAAAGAAGAAAUAUUGAAGGCUUUCAAAUUAUUUGAUGAUGAUGAUACUGGAAGCAUAACACUAAACAAUAUCAAGAGGGUUGCUAAGGAACUAGGGGAAAAUUUAACAGAUGAUGAACUUCAGGAAAUGCUUGAUGAAGCUGAUCGUGAUAGGGAUGGAGAAAUAAGUGAGGAAGAAUUUUUGAGGAUGAUGAAAAAGACCACUCUUUAUUAAUACUUUUUUUAAUCCCUGUGGAAAGUUAAUAACUUUGUAUUUGUUAUACAGUUCCAUAAUAUCUGAAUGUGUUUGUUGUCAAUUUCUAAUUUAUUUUUGCAAAUUGGUGUUUUGAUGUGUAAUCCAUGCAAGAAGUUAGGCUUCCGUCAACAUGUUGUUAAACAUCUACAGCAUCAAGAAGGAAAUGUAAUGAUUUCUGUGAAUCGUGAAUCCAAAACCAGUAUUAAUUCCAACUGCUACUUUUUGGAGUCUCAGCAUCUAAAGACUUAGAAUUUUUUUUAGGUUUAAUGAAACUGAGCCCACAUCCAAUUGAAUUUGGCAAACAGGCUAUUACUUUCCCCAUUAUUUUCCUUUUGUGCAACUCUUUAAAAACUGAUAAACAUUUGAUUUUUAAUCAGUUAUUCAGAUAUGUAAAGUAUUAAAUAAAAUUGCCUAGUAAUACUUUAUUUGCUAGUUUUCUUAUUAUAAAGAAAGGCACUUAUACUACCCAGAUUUUCUUGUAAGUUUGACCCUGCAGGUGAGCAUUUAAUGACUGUCUUGGGAGGUGGUAGGGAUUUUACAUAUGUUAUCUCAGUUAAUAUGUUACAACUUGGAAGCUGGUGGUAUUAGCUCCAUUUUACUACAUACAAGAAAAGUAAAGUUCAGAGAAAUUUAAAAAUUGCUCAAUUGCUCAUAGAUAAUAAAACAUGGAUUAUAAAUCUUGUAUCCUUAUGCUUCAUUAUGAAGCUUUGCUAUGGAUAAAAAGUCUCAGGGUAAUUAAGUAUAUAUUUUCUAACUCA